AUGCUGGCGGCUUCCACGCAUGGCCUCCUUACGCAGCCAAGCCGGCUGCUUGUGCAAGUCGCUGAGCCGACUCCCUCCUGGUCAGCAUCCCGCUGCGGAAAUCUGAGAGCGAGGAGCCGGCGGAGCCGGAGUUCUCCCGGGCCCGGCGGGACGGCUUUUGGUGCCCUCGGGCUGUCCGGGGCACUCUCGGCAGCGGCGGCAGCGUCGGCAGCGUGGAAACGUCAACGGACGUGGCCUCGCGUGGCUCGAGGCUCCGUUCCGCUGGCGGAGCUCUUGGGGCCAGAACUGGCAGCAGACUGGCCGGAGCUGCAAGCUGUGGAGAACGAGGGCCUUUCCGUCGUCGCUGCUGACUUGUUGGACCUAGAUCGGUGCUUGAAGCUGGUGUCACAGGUCUUUCGUGUGUCGGAUUCUGAAGAGGAGAGUGUAAAGAAGGGCAUUGCUGGAAGGCUCGGAGCUCGUCGAAGUUUGGUGGGCCUUGAUGCGGCCUCACCGCGUCCCUUGCUCGCUCGACCAGCGCCCAAAGGAUCUGACGAGCGGCCAGAUUUGGGGCUGGUGCUUUGCCUGGAGCGUCUGGGAAGCGCGCAGCCAGAAGACUUCGCCGGCUUGGUGGAUUUAUCCCUCUGGCCGGACGAUGGCCGCAUCCGAGCGCCUGGUGCAAAAACGAAGCCUGCAGUGGCCAGCAAGCCCUAUGUGCUCAACCUUUGUGUGGACCCAGCCUACAGACGGAGGGGGCUGGCACGAAAGCUGAUGGGAAUCAGCGAGAGGCUAAUGUGUGACAUUUGGGGUGACAGCGAGGUGUGCUUGCAUGUAGAAGAUGACCAAAUCGCGGCGAACGAGCUGUACGAAAGACUGGACUAUGUCCCGGUAAAAUACACGUACGACAAAGAGUUUCCCUACACCAAGGCAGAAGCAAAAGUGCUGCGGAAAGUCACCUGGCGACGGAAGAUGUUGCCAGCACCGUCUCCAAACUCGCCGGCCCGCACAGGCGUGGCGCUGCCGGAGGGGCAGGCAAUCCCUGCUGCAAGCGCUCUGGAUCCAUACGACGACUUCAUCGAUCCAGACGAAGAUUUCGAGGAUGAAGAUGAAGAGGACGACGACGAAGAUGAAGACGAGGAGGAAGACCAAGACGAUCCGGAAGACUUCGACUGGGUCUCUUCCCUGAUGAACAUCGCCGCCCAGCCCUCCAAGCUUGGACCUUCGAAGAAAAGCCACGCAGAGCCGGGAUCCGCACUGACGAGAAGCCUCCGCGGAGCCGCCGCGGAGCCGCCGCGGAGCCGCGGAGAGCUGCCCCGAUUCGCUCGUCGGCCACGUCGGAAAAGAGCCGCUGUUUCCGGUCCUUCCAAGUUUCUCAAAAAAAUUGAGGAUCUGGACUGCAAAUGCCUUCUCGUUGUGGCACCCGAGCUGGAACAGCUUCGCACAAUUGCAGACUUGAGCAAAAAUGCAGAGGAUCAGAUGGGAAUCAUCCUCCUCAACGCUCGAAUACACGGUAACAAGAGCCGUAAGGCAAAAAAGAUUCCUCCGAGGUUGCUGGAAUAUUUGCAGAAGGAGUUCGAGCCAUCGUACCACGUCCGCUUUCCGGAACAGAAGAAGUGGCCAGACAACAGCAUCAUUUUCAGGCAGAUCUGCCCUGAUGGAGAGGGGCCUUGGAUUGUCGCGGUGCAGCGAGAGCUGGUGGGAGGAGCGGUGGUGACCAAUGAGGUUCUUCGGUCUGACCAUGAGCCAAGCGCCGACGAGAUCAGCGAGGCUUUCGAUCGUUAUGAGGCGAGCGACAAAGAUCCGUCUGAUACUAUUGCUGAGUUCCUGCGCAAGGACAGGAACAGUUGA